UGUAAUAAUAAUCUUUUUCUAUCCCUAUCUCAAUCCCUCUCUCUGUAUAAAUGUAUCAAACAGACACAACCAGUAUUUUCCUUUAAUGGCGAUCUCAAUCUCCUCCACCAAUCAAUACAACCUCUAAUAUGGGUUUCUCAUUUAGUAACAACAACAACAACAACAAAAACAGCAGCAGCAGUGAUGGUGGUGGGGGUGGAAGUGGAGGAAGUGUUUCUCAUCAAAACAGAAUCAAUAGUCCAAGAUUUUCAGGGCCAAUGACUAGAAGAGGAGCUUCAUUUAAAAGAACCCAUCAUGAAAUUGAUCUUCCAAUCAACUCACCAAGAUCUGAUUCCACUAAUACCACUCUUUUGAAUGAUGGGGUGUUAUCAUCACAACUUAACAACACACAGCUCAAUCAUAGAAGUGGUGGUGGUGGUGGGAGUGGUGGUGGUGGUGGGUUGUUUGGGAUUGGGAGUAGAAAUGUUAGCAGAGAAAGGAAGAAACAACUGGGGCAUUUGAUGUUUUUGGUUUUCUGUGGUGUUUGUUUGUUUUUGGGUGUUUUGAAGAUCAUUUUUGCUGCUGGGUUUUUUGGAUCUACUGUGGAUACUUCAUCUUCUUAUCAUCAGGGUCUUUCUGGUACUUUUGCGACUGAUCGAAGAAUUUCAAGUAUUGAUGAACAUGGAAAGGAGCAAAGUGGUAUUGAUGUUGAAAGAACUCUAAUGACUGUAGAGUCUGGAAUACAAGGUCAUGGUCAUGAGAACAGUGUGGUUAUGCAUUCAGGUAUCUGGGCCAGGCCUGAUAGUGAACAUGUUAAACAGUGCAUCAAUCAACCAAAGACUCAGAAAAAGUUGGAAAAAAAGACGAAUGGCUAUAUUCUCAUAAAUGCAAACGGCGGCUUGAACCAGAUGAGAUUUGGGAUAUGCGAUAUGGUCUCUGUUGCUAAGGUUACGAAGGCAACACUAGUUCUCCCUUCGCUUGAUCAUACCUCUUACUGGGCUGAUCAAAGUGGCUUUAAGGAUCUCUUUGAUUGGAAGCAUUUUAUAGAGACUCUAAAAGACGAAAUUCAUAUUGUCGAGAGUCUCCCACCUGAGUUUGCUGGAAUUGAGCCUUUCGCGAAGACCCCAAUAUCUUGGUCCAAGGUCAGUUAUUACAAGUCUGAGGUCCUCCCACUUUUUAAGCACCACAAAGUGGUAUACUUCACCCAUACUGAUUCCAGACUUGCCAACAAUGAGAUACCAAGUUCUAUACAAAAGUUGAGGUGCCGUGUGAACUACAGAGCAUUGAAAUAUUCAGUUCCUAUUGAAGAACUUGGGAACACCUUGGUUUCAAGGAUGCAGCAGAAUGGAAGCCCUUAUAUUGCUCUUCAUUUGAGAUACGAAAAGGAUAUGCUGGCGUUUACGGGCUGUGGUUAUAAUUUAACUGCUGAGGAAGAUGAUGAGUUGCGCAAGAUGCGAUAUGAGGUCAGCCAUUGGAAGGAAAAGGAGAUAGAUGGAGUCGAGCGGAGGACACUUGGGGGAUGUCCCAUGACUCCAAGAGAGACUGCACUUUUGCUUAAAGGAUUAGGUUUCCCUUCUAGCACCAGGAUCUACUUGGUAGCUGGUGAAGCUUAUGGAAAUGGAAGCAUGCAAUAUCUUACAGACGAAUUCCCUAAUAUCUACACACAUUCCACACUUGCUACAGAAGAAGAGCUGAGCCCUUUCAAGAAUCACCAAAACAUGCUUGCAGGGUUGGAUUAUGUUGUUGCCCUCCAGAGUGAUGUAUUUGUUUACACAUACGAUGGAAAUAUGGCCAAGGCUGUUCAAGGCCAUAGACGGUUCGAGGGGUUCAAAAAAACAAUUAGCCCUGAUAGGAUGAAUAUUGUGAAACUUGUUGAUGAACUUGAUGAAGGAACUAUCUCUUGGGAGAAAUUCAGUUCUAAAGUCAAAAAGCUUCACAGAAAUCGAAUUGGAGCUCCAUAUCUGAGAGAACCAGGAGAGUUUCCGAAGCUGGAAGAGAGUUUCUAUGCCAACCCAUUUCCAGGAUGUAUAUGUGAAACAAUACACCACACUACAAGUAAAUGAUAAAUUACAACAUGAUAUUCAAUUUGCUUCAAGCCUUCAACAGUGCCUCACUUUCUCCAAGCUCUAAGGUGAACAAGAACGGUUAAAGAAGCGCAGCUCAGAAUUCGCGCUUACAGGAGGUAACUAACAUCAACCUAAUUUAUUUGAACGGGUCUUUUCCUGAUAGAACAAAACUCUGGUUGAGGUUAUAUGGCAACUUGGUACAUUGUGAAGUGUUGUAGAUAUGAUGUCUAUUAUAAGAGCAAAAACAACAAAUACCUCGGUCUUCUGGAGAUAGGUUUUGGUCUCAACAGAAGAGUCGAUGAAUUACUGCCACUCAGAAGUUUCAUGUUGUACCUACUACACUGAUCCAGGGUUACUCUGUCAACCGCGAUCUGCUUCAGAGAUGCCUUGUAAUACAUUUUUUUAGACAGAGAAGUCUAAUAUCUUCCCACGAUAUAGGGAAUAGCUAAAUGACCUUCAAUUUUCGAAUAUAAUGAAUAUGAGUAGAUUUAUGUUUCCU